AUGUGGCAGAAGGUGUCGCCAGAGCCCAUGGAGAACUCCAGCGGGUACGUUUCCAACACCAACUCGAUGAAUCCGACCGUCAAGUACGCCACGGUCGGACGUAACCGGCCGGGCGGCGUGAAACGCACCUCGUCUCUGAUCGUCUCCCAGCCGGUCGUGCCCAACGCGUACAAGACGCCGCCGCCCAAGCGCUCGCUCCCGGCGCGUGAGGUGCGCAAACACUACAAGAACGACCUGGGCCGGCCAGCGUCGCAGGCGUCGCGCAGCAGCGCCAACUCGGGCAACUCUGGCCGCGGCGGCUCGCGGCGUUCCUCGCACUCGAAGGUGCGCCGGCCCGAGUCGCGCACCUCGUCUAAGGCGCUGAUCAUGCGGCGUCGCGAGCCGGGCCGCGCUGCCGGCGCGCCGCAAGGCACCGCCUCGACCCGCGCGAGCCGCGACGAGCGGCCCGACUCGCGCGGCUCGAAUGGCAGCCAGCGCGCGCGCGGCAAGCACUCGCGCUCGCUCUUCUCGUGGAAGCCGCGGCUGACGCUGCGUCGCUCCAAGUCGCUGCAGGUCAAGCCGGAGCCUGCCAAAAAGCGGGAGAUCCGCUUCGGCGACGAGAGCCAGCCGAACGUCAUCAUGAUGAAGGGCGUCGAGCACCGGCGCUACGACAGCGGCGGUAGGCAGCAGUCACCGCGCGAGGCGUCGGCGCACGGCGAGACCGUCGCUACCAAGUCGCACGCGACGCUGUCGAGUCGCACGCCCGAGUCGCCCGGCCGGCGCCUGACCCAGACGCUGACGCGCCCCGCCAAGCGGUCCAGUCCCCCGUCGCGCUCGCAGCGCGCGUCCAGCGCCGACGUGACCAAGCGCCUGGAGCCGGUCGGCGAGUCGCCAGGGGAGGACGACUCGCCGCACACGCGCCGCUACCGGCCGCACGAGGCGAGUCGCAGCCUGUCGCCGGCCAAGGCGCGUGCGCCGUCCGAGCUGUCGAGCUCGCCGCCGCCGCGCGCGCCCGUCUGGCGCGCCGGCUCGGAAGGCUCGCUCUCGGACACGCUCACCAAUCGCUCGCAGGGCUCGACGGUGCGGUCCGGCCGGCGCGCCGACAAGCACGCGCCGCGCUCGCCGCGCUCGCGCGCCAAGCCCGAUGGCGAGCGGCGCAAGGACGGCGUCAUGGGCUUCCUGCGGCGCACCUUCUCCAUCAAACCCAAGGACAAGCCGAAGCCGGCGCCGGUGAAGAAGCGCGAGCGCGCCUCGUCCUCGUCGCUCUCGUCGCUGGAGCGGCCGGCGCGGCACAGCAAGCUGAAGACGGCUAAGUCGCACGAGGCGCUGACAGUCGAAUCGGAGGAGCGCGCCUCCGCCGAAAAGAAAAAGUACCGCUCUUUGCCGCGUGCCAAGCACAAGUCGACCAGCACGACAUUGUCGCGCCGUCUCUCGUCGCUCGGCUGGUCCGGCGCCGGCGGGCCGAGCGCCGAACGCAGCCGCAGCUUCAAGAGUGAGCGCGAGUACGCGCCGCGCAACAACGAGCGGCCCGACCUCACCUACCCGUCCAUCCCGCCCAAGGCGACCAACGAGGCGACGCGUGGCCGGCCGCGACACGCGCUCGAGGAGCCGAUCCAGCCGAUCAUCCAGGAGCGGCGGGCGCUCUCACAGCCGUCGCUGUACCAGCCGGACGGCGGCCGCGAGCCGCCGCAGGAGCCGUUCACGCACUACGCCAACCUGCCGUUCCAGCUGGCGGCGCGGCACCGCUCCUCGCCCGACCUGGCCGACCCGCUGGGCGAGGCGGCCGCAUUGCCCGGCAAGCGCGCCGUCUCGCAGCCCUCGUUGCUGGCCCGGCCGACCCGUUCGGCCAGCCCACGCUCCUCCGCCUCGUCCAGCACGCUGUACGCGCCGCCCGAGCGGCCUCACUCGCGCGGCAGGCCCGCCUGGAAGCCGGCCGGCUCCUCCAACCGCAAAGGCAUCCUCAAGCGCCAGAAGUCGUCGGAGCGCCGCCUGGACGGCCCUGAGGCCGGUGUAAAGAACACCAACGUGACCCGCGACGCCACGCUGACGCGGAAACAGGGCCGACCGCGACAGCAGAGCGUCUUCCACGACAUCGCGCACAACAUCAAGAACGUGUUCCGGCAUCGCAAGCACGGCGAGAAGCAUCCGGGCGGGAGCCAGGCGACGCCGCCAGGGAACGCCGUCGUCUCGGAGCGCUUCGUCAACGUGACCAGCACGCACGAGGAGAAGGAGUCGGGCCGGGAGGAGGAGGAGGUCCACCAUCUCGGCGACGUCUCCAACGAGGAGCUGUCUCGCGCCAUCCGCGAGGGCGUGGAUGCUCGCAGCCUGGUGCGACAGCAGUCGGCGGCGACGCGGCCGGGCCAGCUGGCGGACCCCCGCGCCGGUCAGCGGCGUCUGACGCACCAGCACGGCAAGACGUGGCGCACCGUCGACACCGACGACCUGCACGAGACGAGCCGGCAUGACCGGAACGGAGAGCUGGUCACCGAUUCGGCGCACACACACCAGCGCGAGGAGUUCAACAACGUCCAGGUACCGGACGACGGCUCCGACCUCCGCGACGGCGACGUCCGCGAGGACGUGCGCUCGUCCAGCCUCCGCCGACGCCACACCAAGGACGUGGACAUGCUGGAGCACUUCUCCGUGCCCAAGGGCGGUCGUCCCGGGGACGGAAUCAAGCUGGGAGACGGUCUCCGGUACGUUCAGGAGAACGUGGAAGAAGAGCGCCGUGGUGACGAGGACGCCGCGGGCACGUCAGAGCGCAUGCGCGAGCUGCACCGGCUCGGCUUCAGGCCGCAGGGCCACACCAGCACCCCGAUCGAGUAUCCGGCCGAGGAGAAGACGCGACGCCGCCAGAUCUCCAGCUGGCUCAACUCCCACUUCGGCAGCGAGUCCGGCCGCUCUCACAGCUCGGAGGACGAGGCUCGGCAGCGCUCUAGCAAGAAGGGACGCGACGAGCCGGACCGGCGCCGCGAAACGAGCACGUACGAGUUCCAGAAGAGCUCUGGCACCACGCAGAAGGGUGCCUCGCCGCCCGUCACCUGGGAGCGCAGUGAGAAGUACACACAGGAGGUGCGGGAGACGCCCGAGCGCACCUACAUCAAGGAGACGCGCCAGGCGCCGCGCGGCAGCCUCGAGCGGACUCAGGUGCUGCCGGCCGGCGCGGCUAGGGGCGCUCGGAACGCGGCCAUGUCCGACAUGCAGUCCGAGGCAGACGAGGACCCCAUCUUCGCCAGCAAGUUCAGCUCGGGUAAGCCGCGCAGUGGCGGCGGCGUGACGUUCAGCACGGCGCUCCAAGAGCGACCGGCGCGGCCAGCUGCCGCCGCGCCCCCUGCCCCCUCGCCGCCGCCCUCGCCACCGCCGCGCCACAAGCGCAAGAACCGGCUCAAGCAGUCGCCGCCGCAGUCGGUGCCGCCGGCACCGCAGCCGCCGGCCGCGCGCGAGCCGUCGCUGACGUACGAGCACCGACGCGAGGUCCGGGAGGCGCCGGCUGGUGGGUUGGCCGUGCGCCAGCGGACGCAGCUGGAGCGAGAGGUGACACCCAGCCGCGUAGAGGAACGGCGCGAGGACGGUCGCCUGGUGCGCGAGUACCACUUCCGCAGCAGCGAGAGCCCGCACGACAGCACGCCCGCGCGCCGAACGUACCGCGAGGAGAGCAGCCCGCGUCGCGACGACCGCGAUGCGCCGCAGCGGCCGGCGCGGCGCGGCUCGUCAUCAGCGCGCGAGUCGCCGCCGCGGCCCUCCUACUAUCUGGGCCAGCGCGACCGCAGCAGGAGCACAGAUGAGCCGGACUCGGGCCGCGACGCGCGCUACACGAGCACGCUCAACACGCGGCUGGGUGAGCGGCGCCACCACAAGAGCUCAGACGAGCUGGAGCGCCGCUCGGCCGAGCCGUACCGCGCGCACACCAUCGACCGGCGCCUGGGCCCGGCACGCCGCGAACGCGACGAUGCAUUCCAGUCGCAGACGCUGCCGCGCAAGCCGCGCGAAACGCCGCCCUCCACGCGCGACAACCGCCUCGCCGGAGCCUCGCAUUUCGGCGGCAGCAUGAUCAACGUCUCCGUCCGCAACAACGUGCGGGGCAACCCACCGGCGCCGCGCAAGCCGGCCCGCUCGCCGGUGCGGCGCAGCAACAGCCUGUACUCGGCGGAGGCGCGGCCGGCCGGCCAGGCGGCCAGUGUUGGUCUCAAGAGCCCCGACAUCAUCUCGCAGAUCCAACGGACGGCCAGUAUCCGUCCAGAGCCGGCCGACGCGCCGGCCAAUGGGCGGCGCGCCGACGACGAGGUCCGGCGGCGCAACACCGAGAACGUCGUCCGCUCGUCGGCCGAGCACGAGUCGUCGGCGCGUUCCACUGUCAUCCCCGUGUCGGUGGAGCCCGACGCGCCGCGCUCGCCAUCCGCCAAGGUCCCGCCCAAGGUGGCGCCCAAGCCGCGUCCGGCCGUCAAGGAGAACUUCAUGCGCGGCUUGAUGCAGACGGCACCUGAGCUGUAUUCGGCGCUGCACGGCGACGAGCGCAAGGAUAGCAAGACGCCGUCGCCGAAGCAGAGCCCACCGCUCACGCCGCCGCCGCCGCUGCACCGCGCCCGCUCGCCGGCCUCGCCGGCGCCGCUGCCACUGGACUACGGCGUCAUCUACCCCAAGACGCCGCCUGUCUUCAAGCGGAUCGAGCGGCUGCGCGCCGAUGAGGAGGUGGUGACCAAGGACGGCCGCUCGCGCUCCGCCACGCCCGCCGAGGACGUGCACAACUUCCGGCUGGGAACCAUGUCUCCGACCGGCGAGCGCAGCGACUUUAUCAAGGUACAACGAUGAGCCGGUUUCCCGCCGCCACCGCCGGACUGCAGUGUCAUGGACGCCAUUAGAGCUGUCGCCGCUCCUCCGACUCACAGCAGCUCCGCCUCCACCGCGUGGUGUGCCAGUCAGACACGCCAGUUACUUCCUCAACGGGGACGCGGCAGGGCUGAACGAAAAAGCCAUCGAACGCAUCUUACGCAGCGGUGGUGACAUCUGAUUUUCAGCCCAAAAUGUGCGCAUGCUGCCUCUAAUACUGUGUGGGCUGCCAAGCGGCCGCGUUCAAUGCCAGGUAUAUCGAAAGCUCCACGUUCAUCCACAGCAUUACACCACGAGGGACAUCUAGUGACUAGAACUAGGACCUCUGAUUCACAGCUCCGACGUGAGGUCUGUGGACGGCAUGUGAAAGACGAGCAUGAUUGUGACCGAUCUGUAGUGUGGCCUGUACCAAUGUACCUAACGCUUUCUAGCGCGGAGUGCUCCGCAUCAAGACAGGGUGCUGUGCGUCUUGGUGCGUGUGUUAAAUGAGAGUACUGUGCCAAUGUUCUACAACCGAUAGGUAUUAGAGGUAGCUUAUUUAACCAAUAAUUUCAUUUUAUGCUCGUCGUCCUAGGUGGCUCGAGCAGAUAAAAUAGCGAUGCGGCCCGACCGAAACAGAAACACACUGUCGAAACUGAAAGUGUUCCAGUACACAAUGGCAGUGAGCAUCGGCCUUCCGACGAACGUUCUGGGUCGCCUCCUCACAUCCAGGGCAGCAGGUCCGCCGCCGCUACAGGCGAGCUCACCGGACCACCAAUCUCCGUCCUACGCAUAAGCCAGUCAAUAAACGGAUGAAACGAA